UAAAAAAAGAAAGACCGAAAGAGGAAAGUAUUUAUAGUAAGGUCCAUCUUUUUGUUGCUCUUCUUCUUCUUCCCCAAUUCUGCUGCUACUAUACUAUCGCUUUCCCUUUGGUUUCAGCAUGCCAUAGCUGCAUACCCUCUUUUUCUCUCUCCUCAACUCGUCUUCCACAAAACCCUAAUUCAAUUCAAUGACGGCAGCAGCUAUUGGCCAGAUCAAUUUGCAGGAAUUACCGACUUAUGGCUCCCGCAGCGUCGAUUGUUUCCAGAAAUUGGAACAAAUUGGGGAAGGCACUUACGCCCAAGUGUACAAGGCUAAAGAAAUUUAUACUGGGGAAACUGUUGCUUUAAAGAAAAUUAGAAUGGAGAAUGAAAAGGAAGGGUUUCCAAUCACUGCCAUACGUGAAAUCAAAAUUCUACAGAAGCUGCAACACGAAAAUGUAGUCAAACUUAAAGAGAUUGUGGCUUCUACUCCAGGUCAAGAGAAGGAUGAACAAGGGAGGCCAGGUGGUAUCUACAUGGUCUUUGAGUACAUGGAUCAUGAUUUAGCUGGUCUUGCUCGUUGUGCUUCGAUAUUUUCUGUUCCACAGAUCAAGUGCUAUAUGAGACAACUUUUGAUGGGGCUCCACUAUUGUCAUGUAAACAAAGUACUGCAUCGUGAUAUAAAAGGUGCAAAUCUUCUUAUAGACAACAAGGGGACUUUGAAGCUUGCAGAUUUUGGCCUUGCCCGCUUUUUUGCAAAUGAGCAUAAUGGAAAUCUAACAAAUCGGGUCAUUACCCUGUGGUAUAGACCUCCAGAGCUGCUACUUGGCAGUACGAAGUAUGGUCCUGCUGUUGAUAUGUGGUCAGUUGGCUGUAUAUUUGCAGAGCUUCUUGACGGGAAACCAUUAUUUUCUGGGAAAGAUGAGCCAGAGCAAAUAAACAAGAUCUUUGAGCUGUGUGGAGCCCCAGAUGACUCCAACUGGCCCGGGGUUACGAAGCUACCUUGGUAUACAAAUUUCAAGCCAAACAGGCCAUUGAAAAAGCGUCUUCGGGAUCAUUUCAGACUCCUUGACCGCCAUGCUUUGGAGUUGCUGGAGAAGAUGUUGGUUCUCGAUCCUUCACAGAGGAUCUCUACCAGGGAUGCACUCGAUGCUGAGUACUUUUGGACUGAUCCUUUGCCAUGUGAUCCUAAGAGUUUACCAAAAUAUGAAUCAUCACAUGAAUUCCAAACGAAGCAAAAACGUCAAAAGCAACGACAGCACGAGGAAGCAGCAAAACGUCAGAAACUCCAGCAUCCCCCAGCAUAUACCCGUGCACCCAUACAGCAGUCGGGUCAAGCCCAUACUCAGAUGCAGACUGGGCCUAACCAGCCCAUGCACGGCUCUCAACAUCCCGUCCCUUCUGGGCCGGGCCAUCAUCAAGGGAAGCCACGAGGACCCUCCAGGUACGCUCAGGGUGCAAACUCCAGUGGGGGGCGUAAUCGUCCUAACCGCGGAGGUCAAGGUGGUGAGAGAGGCUACGGCAGUGGUCCAUACAUGCAGCACGGACGAGGCCAAGCAUAUGGUUCAAGUAGCAUGCCAGCUGCAGGCCCAGGCCAACGAGGUGGUGGUACUUCUAGUGGUUAUGACGGUGGACGGAAUUAUCCGCAAGGGGGUCCGUAUGACGGUUCGGGUGCGGGCCGAGGAUCAAACAUGAUGGGUGGUCGGAAACAUAAUCAGCAGCACGGUUGGCAGCAGUGAUGUUGAAUCAUACUACGCUUAGCAAUGAUCAUCAGGCAACAACUAUGUAUUGAUGUACUAAUUAUGUAUUUUAUGGUUCACUUUUUGGUUAAUGAUCUUAUUGUAUUUAACAUUCACUUUUUGGUUAAUGAGCUUUUAUGUGGGAAGAAUGGAAGAUCAUGCCCUUCUCCUUUUGUGCUUCUACAACCUACAUUUUGUGUUUCUAACUUUAAGUCUUCUGAAGAAUAUUUGUUUGGGCUUUUGCA